GAAGUGAAGAGCCGUGCGCCAGGAGCAGUCAUGAUCUGGUGAGAGAGGGGAAAACGCCUGAGAUAGCACUUGUGCCUACUUUGGAUUUCAGAGUGCAGCAGCCGUAGACAGAGAUGCAGGCCCACCGCUCCGAUGAGACCGGUGAUUGGAUGGAGAGGGGAAAACACGGUUGGCUUUUGGGAUUACUUCUGUGCUGGAGCAGAGUGUUUGAUCAACUCUCUUCUGCUUGAGAGAAAUCCAAGUGAAAAUGACUGUAAGUACUGCAGAUUAAUGUGACAGGAGAGAAGUGGCUUAGCAGAGACAGCGGCGUAAUUUUAAAGAAAAUGACUGUGCCUGUCUAGUCACUUACAGUGUGUAUAGUGCAUGUUUGAGCUGUACUUUUCAUUACACGUGAAAGGAUGUGCUCCCUGGGAUGUGCAGCGUGUGAUGCUGUAAGGGUCACCUCCAGACCGUGCUGAAGAACUGAACUGCUGCCCAUCUCGGGAAUAUGAAAUCUGGCUGAGGUGAAGCACAGCUGGGAAGAUGCAGCGAUCUGCUGAACUGUCAGUGUUUAAAGGCAAGGAGGUUAGGAGAGGGUGUGUUCGUCUUCAGAAGCAGAAGUCUCUAACCAACCUCACACUCAUCAGCGAAGGGGAGAAGAGGCGACACUCAUAUAGGGAGAACUGGUUUGGAAACGCCUCCAAGUCCAGCCAGAGUUACCAUCAGCAGGAGGCAGAAGCUGGGAGCAAAGGCUUGCUUUCCAAGGCACUCUCGCGCUCAGUGCACUCCCUCUGUCAGCCUGGCCUCACCGCACCCCAAGCAUUUCAAGCACUACCACCUGCUGGAAGCAGGACCUCCAAGAGGUCUGGAGACCGGCGUACAGAUGAAUGCUUUGGGAUUGAUAAUCAGGAGAGGGGGAAAUCAGAUGAUGAGAACGUAUCCUGCACGGCUCAUUUCCCUAGCAGAAACUGGGCAGAGGAGGAGGAGGAAGGCUGCUUGCGUGAAGGAACUGCACAUCUGGAUGAAGAUGUCAUAAUAACAAUGCUGGGGGACUUAGAACAGGUCCUUUAUACUGAUAUUUUGGGUAAGUUAAUGUUGUCUUGAAAUCAGAGAGAGCAGGAGACCCAUGAAUUAGCACAUUUCUGCACGGAGCAGAUUUUUGAUCUUGACAGUGAUUUCAUGAGACAGAACUGGGUUUGUUUGCAAUAGUAUGCAAAAACAGGGUCUGGUCACUUUUUCCUUGUUUGCUUACUCUUAUCUCUAAAGACUGUGAAAUGAAGACAGUUGUCUAAAUCAUUUUUGAUGGGUGCAUGGGCAGCAACAAUGUGUGAAUAAUUGAGUGUAGUUUUCUUAAGCUGUUGGAAAAAAUUAAGGUGAAACAUUUAGGUACUAUUAGUUCACUCUCAAAUUAAUCUCAUGGCGUUCAUUGCCAUGAAUUUUAAACCAAACGUUGAAUUCAAGAUUCCAAUUUAUAGCAAAUAUGUUUUGGCCUACAUACAAACUGUCUGUUACUGCUCCCGCUGUUCCUCUGUUGAUAAUUUCAUCCAUACAUGAGGAAUUGUUAGUGCCAGGGUUUCACACUUUAGCUAUAUCAGUGCAUGCCAGAGAGCAUUUGAAGUCCACUGCCAUGGGUUCUUCAAAAGGCUUCUGUAUUACUGGCUUUACUUUUCAUCUCUCAGUGCUCAGAGUGUUCAUUAUUAGAGCUUUGUUCUUUAGCCAGUCAAAUGGUUGAAAUGUCAUCUUGCUUUUCCAAGGUCACCCAGCAUGUGUCUGGCCUGGAGGCUCUUUUCUGGUGGGUGUGCUAGCCUUGAUUGUGUUUAAAUUCAGGAUAAAAUGUUUGCUGUACAUCUAACACAGAAAGCUAUCAUCUCCAAAUGACAAUGAAACAAGCACUCUCUUUUUAUGCUUAACCUAUUAGACUAUAGUUGUAUUCUAGAAGAGGUUUCUUCUAGAGAUUAGAAGCUUGUUAGCAAAGGCAGCUGAAUUCUUCACCUUCUCCUGCUUCUUGAGCAAAUCUCUGUUCUUUGUGAACCUCAGUUUCCCCAUCUGCAGAGUCAUGCUGGUACUAUCAUUUGUGAAUGAAGUUAAUGUCUAAGAGCAGAACUUCUCUGACAAGCUGCUUAUUAUUUGAAUCCUUUAGUGAAAAUCACAAAAUUAAUGCAAUUAUUAUUCUCUCAUUAUCUGCUUUGGGCUGUAAUUACAUGCACACAAGUACCAAAAUGAUCGUGAAUGUUAUUUUUAAAUGUGCAGUGUGGGUAAGCUUCAGAAUAGUAAAUGCAAAAGUUUAACCUAGGUCAUUACUGAUUUCUGUAAGGUGCUUAUUUUGAUUUCCUGUAUGUGUAUCUCACACAAUGGGAGAACAAACAGCAUUUCUUAGAAACUUACUGAGAGAUGCUGUAAUGUUUCACUACUAACAGGCAAGAAUGUGGGGGGCAAGUUUUUGGAAUGUUUAUGUUUAAUACAAAUGAUGAAGCUACAGAUGAUUUAAGGAGAUUACAUAUCAUGAGGUCAGUAAAAGAUCUACAUCCAACUUCCUUCUAAGAGGAGCAGUAUUUUGAAAGAAAGUUUCACAGAGCCCUGGUUUUAGUCUUUCUUAUCCCAGCCUCUGUGCAUGAAGCAGAAUGACUUUUCUUGUGUGCAAAGCAGAGUCACUUGAGAUUACUAACCAUUUCUGAUAUGUGAAGGCAUACAAAUAUGGGUAGACUGCAUGACAGGAGUGCCUAUUGUUAUAACAGGGUGUGAGGAGGAAUUUGGGAUCCCUUUGAACCUAUCCGUUGUGUCCCAAUCCUUCUGCAGUAAGACAUAAUGUCUGUUCUGGCAGGCAGGGUGUAGCUAGUUUUCAGAAUAAUGUAUCCACUAGUCCUAUGGUCUUCUCUGUGGAAGAUUUUAUGUACAUUAGGAGCAACAGAAAAGUCCUGAAAAUGUAGAUAAUGUCAGGUUCAAGUCAGUUCUGAGAGUCUCACACUCACCACAAAAAAUUUCUCAAGCAUCGUGUUCAGUUGUUUAUACUUUCUGACUUAUUAAUCAGGGAUACAGCAUAAACCCAUCAAUCUGCCCUUAGGAGAAAGAAAAAAUGAUAGUUAUUUGUAAAACACUUAGUAGCUAUGGUAAUGGGGAUUUCUUAUAUAGCACUAUACAGCAUUUUAAGAUCAUAACAUUCCAGUUCUAUCUCUUCUAGAAAAAGUAGUGAAAUGGUUUUGAUAUUACCCCUGUGUGACUGAGACAUCAAAAGAGAUUACACCUCAACAUUUCCACCUUUCCAGGAGAUAAGAGUGCUACUUUUUAUGAUGUUAUCUGUCUGAAGAUGAAACAUUCUCUGUGAAAAUAUAUUUUGGCAGUUUGCCAUAUAAACAUACUUCUUUCUUUCUUUUGCUAUUGCAAUUACAUCUGAAGGCUUUGUUAUGCUAGUUAUUGUGCCACAGAUAUUAAAAAAGACAGUUAUUGUCAUUGUUGCUGCAAGAAUUUGCAGAGUUAGCAUACAGCAAAGGACAACUGGCAAGGAUAAACAAGGAAGGAAAAGGCAAAGAUACUGUAAAUGCAGAUUAUAUUCAGUUCCUCAAAUAAAUACAGAGG